CCACAUGAAUGGUUUGUGAGCACAAUUAAGUGCACACAGCAUCCCAUAUCAUCUGAUAAUUGUAAGAAAUAAGUCCAAAAGGCAGCUGACUGUGUAAAGCCACAUAAAACAAAACAAAAAUACGAUGAAUAUGCCGAGAUCAGUGGCUAAUCUGCCGGAUUCAGCUGAGGUGAAGUGACGGCGACCAACAAGACCGAGCUGUCACUCAAGUGGCCACGCCCUCAAUUAUGCAAACUUAAUAUAACCUAAUAUAAAGGAAAUGGAUGAGUUAUAAAAAAAUUCACCCCCCUCACAGUUGUCAUGGAGGGUAAUAAUAGCUAUAUGAACCUAAAUCGUUCUUUGUACCAGGCUGUAAACACCUUUUUUUCUGUUGUAAAGUUGGCCAUUCUAACAGUGGGCUUAAUUGCAAUUUGCUCUAUUAUGGAGCCAGGACUAGCGGAAUUUUAAUGAAUUGCAGUUUCAGUUACUUCCGUAUUGGCUUCCCGAGGGAGAGCGGGAGGUUGCCGCUUGCAAUUAACCCAGCUGCAUCAUCCCUGGAUUUGAACCCUUUACCUCUGCAUGCCACUCAGGAAGUCUCAUCGCUUCACUGAAUCACUUGACAACUCAACUCUACAACGUGGGGCUUUAUCUUUUAGCAUGGUUUGAUGUGUUUUGAGUGAUGGCUCGCCGCACACUGAAGGCAGUUCUCAUUGAUCUGAGCGGGACUCUUCAUAUCGAGGACACUGCAGUUCCUGGUGCACAGGAGGCUUUAGCGCGAUUAAGACAGGCUCCAGUUGCUGUCAAAUUCGUGACCAACACCACAAAGGAAUGUAAGAGAACCCUGUUUGAGCGUCUGCGUGGGCUGAACUUUGACCUCCAGGAGCAGGAGAUAUUCACAUCUCUCACUGCAGCUCGUAAUCUAGUGGAGCAGAGAGCAGUGCGCCCCCUGCUGAUGGUGGAGGACAGCGCUCUGGAGGACUUCACAGGAUUGGAAACUUUAGAUCCAAAUGCGGUUGUGAUCGGAUUAGCGCCUGACCACUUCAACUACCAGACACUCAACAAAGCCUUCCAACUCAUUUUAGAUGGCGCCCCCCUGAUUGCCAUCCAUAAAGCGCGGUACUAUAAAAAGAAGGAUGGUUUGGCUUUGGGACCGGGCCCAUUUGUGACUGGAUUAGAGUACGCCACUGACACAAAGGCCACAGUUGUGGGUAAACCAGAGAAAGGCUUCUUUCUAGAGGCCUUACGAGAUCUCAACUGCUCACCAGAGGAGGCUGUGAUGAUAGGAGAUGAUGCUAGAGAUGAUGUUGGUGGUGCUCAGAAUGCAGGAAUGCUGGGAAUUUUAGUCAAGACUGGUAAAUACAGACCUGGUGAUGAGGGUAAAAUUAACCCGCCGCCUCACCUGACAUGUGCCAGCUUUCCAGAGGCGAUCAGUUAUAUACUUGAUCAUCUCUUAGGAUCUAAAUAAGUUAAGUUAAAUAAAUACAAAGGCAAAACAAAGUAAUGGUACCGUUAUGUAGCAUGUACAUUAUAAUGGUGAUCUGAGAAAAAUAUUAUAAAUAAAUAAAGUUGAUGCACUUCUUUAAAAUUUAAA